AUACGUUAAUUUAUUUCUAGUUAGUGUUAUCAAAACUAUACAAAAAUGUGUGCAUCAUUUCGGAUAGCCGUUGUAUCAGUUAUCUGUGUAGUUGUCGCGUCCGCUAAUGUUCGCGGACCCCGAAGAUCCCGGAGAAUGGAUGUGGAAGAUUACUCACACAAUGAAAUCGACAGUGCCAGAGCAGAUGAAAGCUCAUGGUGGCCUUCAGCAGAGUUCGGCAUUUUGCAGAAAGUUUACGACGAUUGCAGUUCGCAAAAACAUUUAACAAUGUGCCUCAAGGGAAAAGCUCUUUCGGCACUGACGAAGGCAGUGGAGCAGGAGAGUGUACAGCUCGCUGAUGGCCUGACGCUGGUAAAACAAGCAGAUUCGCCAAGCGCAGUGGCGGAGCCUCGCUUCUUCCCCGGAAUGUCAACUGAGGACAAGAUCGACACUAUGCUACGAACACGAUUUGAGCAAUUAUUGAACACACACACAAUUUCGAUGGAUAUGACUUCCGAAGGUAGAGGUAGAGGGAAAAAGGUUCUGCCCUAUAUGUUACUCGGUAUUUUCACAACUGUCAGCAUCGUUGGAGGAAUGGCUCUUAAGACUUUAGCUGCCAUUGCCGGAAAGGCCCUGAUCGCAAGUAAAGUCGCACUAACGAUCGCUGGUAUCAUCGCCCUGAAGAAGCUGUUCAGCCAUGAUGGAGCCACUGGCGAAACUACGUUCCAGGUUCACGCAGAUGGCCACCAUAGGCGGAACUUAUAUGUGGUGAGGCCAGCGAGGUCGGGAGCGGUUGAUCCUUACCGCUACUACGCGGAGUUAGAAGACUCAAGUGCGUAGCCGCCGGUGCCCUCCGCCUACCUCACACGCACACCUACCUCGCUGCUCCAGUCGACCCCGCGAUGAAACCCAUACAAAAUAACCUCAAACCAAAGUGCCGUCCAGCUAAUGGACAUUCUAUUUAAAACAACCCGAUGUCCACCUUCGUACUCGAAUCUACGUCAGUUAAUAAUUUAAUGUAAUUUAUU